GCCAUGCCUCCCAACCAAGCUCCCAUAAUCGAUCCAGCCAAGCUCUUCUCUCUGGCUGGAAAGACUGCGAUUGUUACUGGAGGGACUGGAGGUCUCGGGACAGCAAUGACCAUGGCUUUGGCCAGUGGCGGUGCUGAUAUCGUCUCCAUCGAGUUGAAAGACGAUCCCGGCAGCCGGAACUUGCACGAGGCUUUGGCCAAGACCGGACGUCGAGUCGAACUGUAUCAUUGUGAUGUCCGAGACGCAAAAGACUUACGAGCCACCUUUGCGCGAAUCUGGAAUGAUGGUAUCCAAGGAGAUAUUCUGCUUAACUGUGCUGGAAUCCAGAGACGUGCCGAAGCCGAGGAUUUCACGGAUGAUGAUAUCGAGGCGGUUUUGGACAUCAAUUUGAAGGCGACGCUGGUAGCUUGUCAGGAAUUUGCAAAGCCCAUCCUCAAAGACGAGAGCCGAGGUGGUAAGAUCAUCAAUAUCGCAUCGAUCAUCAGCUUCAUUGGCGGAAAGAACAUCACGCCGUAUGCCGCCAGUAAAGGUGGUGUGAUGCAAUUGAGCAAAGCUUUCAGCAACGAGUGGGCUUCCAGAGGGAUCAAUGUUAAUUCCAUCCAUCCGGGCUACUGCACCACGCCAUUGACCGAACAGUACCAGACUGAUCCGAAGUACAAGGACUUCAACGACUAUGUCAUGAUGCGGACUCCAAUGAAGCGAUGGGGCAAUCCGGUAGAUUUGGCUGGGGCGGUGAUCUAUCUGGCAAGCUCGGCCAGCGACUAUGUGACUGGAAGCUCGAUCGUGGUCGAUGGCGGUUGGUUAGGCAAUUAG